AUGCCCGAAGCGGCGGCGGCCGCGGCGCAGGACGGAGAGCGGCCCCGGCGGGGCCCGGCCGCGGAGGAGCGAGCGGAACCGGCGGCGCCCACCGGAGUGCUGGAUAAACUCUUCGGGAAGCGGCUGCUCCAGGCCGGGCGCUACAUCAUGUCCCACAAGGCCUGGAUGAAAACGGUGCCCACGGAGAACUGCGACGUGCUGAUGACAUUCCCGGACAGCACGGAUGACCACACGCUGCUGUGGCUGCUGAACCACAUCCGCCUGGGCAUCCCCGAGCUGAUCGUGCAGGUGCGGCACCACCGGCACACGCGCGUCUACGCCUUCUUCCUCACCGCCACCUACGAGAGUUUGCUGCGCGGGGCGGACGAGCUGGGGCUGCGCAAGCCGGUGAAGGCGGAGUUCGGGGGCGGCACCCGCGGCUUCUCCUGCGAGGAGGAUUUCAUCUACGAGAACAUCGACAACGAGCUCGGCUUCUUCAGCUCCCAGGAGCGGCAGAGCAUCAUCCGCUACUGGCUGGAGAACCUGCGGGCCAAGCAGGGCGAGUCCCUGCACAACAUCCACUUCCUGGAGGGCCAGCCCAUCAAUGACAUCUGUGACUAUUUCGGGGUGAAGAUUGCCAUGUACUUCGCCUGGCUGGGCUUCUACACCUCGGCCAUGGUGUACCCGGCCGUGUUCGGCUCCAUCCUCUACAGCUUCACCGACAGCGACCAGACCAGCCAGGACAUCUCCUGCGUGGUCUUUGCCAUCUUCAACGUCAUCUGGGCCACGCUGUUCCUGGAGGAGUGGAAGCGCCGCGGCGCCGAGUUCGCCUACAAGUGGGGGACGCUGGACACCCCCGCAGAGUCCCUGGAGGAGCCCCGGCCCCAGUUCCGGGGCACCAAGCGGAUCAGCCCGGUGACCAGCGCUGAGGAGUUCUAUUACCCGCCCUGGAAGCGCCUCCUGUUCCAGAGCCUCGUCAGCCUCCCCGUCUGCCUGGCCUGCCUCACCCUCGUCUUCCUCCUCAUGCUCGGCUGCUUCCAGCUCCAGGAGCUGGUGCUCAGCAUCCAGGAGCUGCCGCGCGUCCUUCGCUUCCUGCCCAAAAUCAUCCUGGCCGUCAUUGUCACCGCCUGUGACGAGCUCUACAAGAAAGUGGCCCUGUGGCUCAAUGACAUGGAGAAUUAUCGGCUGCAGAGCGCCUACGAGAAACACCUCAUCAUCAAAAUGGUCCUGUUCCAGUUCGUCAAUUCCUACCUGAGCCUUUUCUACAUCGGAUUCUACCUCAAGGACAUGGAGCGCCUCAAGGAGAUGCUGGCCACGCUGCUGAUCACGCGGCAGUUCCUGCAGAACGCGCGCGAGGUGGCGCAGCCGCACCUGUACCGGCGGCUGCGGCGCGGCGAGCUGAGCGCGCGGAGCCUGCGGGAGCUCGGGCGCGCGCUGCUCCGCCUGCUCGGCCCGCGGCCGGCCCCGCGCGGCCCCGCCGAGGGCAAGCGCUGCCUGAACGGCGGCUGCGGCGUGCCCGAGGAGGAGGAGGAGGAGGAGGCGGCGGCGGGAGGGGAGGAAGAGCGGCGCGGCUCGGACUCGGAGGAGGAGAGCGCGCUGCUGGACUGCGGGCUGAAGCUGAAGAAGGUGAGCUUCAUCGAGCGCGCCGAGCGCCGCGCCGAGCCCGCCGGCAGCGAGGACGAGCCCUUCCUGGAGGAGGGCAGCCCCACCAUGGUGGAGAAGGGCAUGGACCCCGCGGCCGUGUUCGAGCUCUGCGAGGAGGAGGAGGAGGAGGCCGAAGCGCAGCCCGGCAGCCCCGGCGGGGCGGCGGAGCCGGCGGUGCUGGCGAGGAGGAGGAGGAGGGAGGAGGAGGAAGGCGAGGAGGAAGGGAGGAAGCGCAACCGCGCCUCGUGGAUUGACCCCCCCGAGGAGGAUUACUCCACGCAGCUGACCCAGGCCGAGGUGGAGAGCUGCAUGAAGAAGUACGAGGACACCUUCCAGGACUACCAGGAGAUGUUCAUCCAGUUUGCCUACGUGGUGCUGUUCUCCUCGGCCUUCCCGCUGGCGGCCGCCUGCGCGCUGCUCAACAACGUGCUGGAGAUCCGCAGCGACGCCUUCAAGCUCUGCACGGGCCUGCAGAGACCCUUCGGGCAGCGCGUGGCCAGCAUCGGCCACUGGCAGAAGGUGAUGGAGGCCAUGGGCGUGCUGGCCAUCGUGGUUAAUUGCUACCUGAUCGCUCAGUGCGGGCAGCUGCAGCGCCUCUUCCCGGGGCUCAGCCCCCAGGCCGCCAUCGUCUGCGUCGUGGUGCUCGAGCACUUUGCCCUGCUCCUCAAGUACGUGAUCCAGGUGGCCAUUCCCGACAUUCCCGCCUGGGUGGCCGAGGAGAUGGCCAAGCUGGAGUACCAGCGCCGCGAGGCCUUCAAGAAGCACGAGCGGCAGGCCCAGCACCACUUCCAGCAGCAGCAGCGCCGCAAGCGCGAGGAGGAGGAGCGGCAGCGCCACGCCGAGCUCCAGGCGCGCCGCGACCGCGACCCCGCCCGCGACGAGGCCACCAAGGCCGAGGCCACCGGGCAGGACCCGGCGCACGACAAGGGCCAGGCCAAGGGGAAAAGCUCCGGCGGCUCCUCCGCGCACGGGCCCGACAAACCCAAGCGGCCCAGCUCGCUGCUGGCCACCAACAACGUGAUGAAGCUGAAGCAGAUCAUCCCCCUGCAGGGCAAGUUCCUGUCCGGGGGCACCGGCGCGGCUGGCACCGCCACCGCCAGGUCGCCGCAGUCGCCCACGGGCAGCGAGAACAAAUUACCGGGCUUCCUGAGCUUCAAAUUCCUCAAAUCGCCCGAGACUAAGCGGGACGCGGGCACCGAGAAGGUGCAGUCGCCCACCAAGCCCUUCAACCCCGGCAAGCUCUUUAAUUUCGGCAAGUCCGAAGGGCUCGGUGCCAACGGCGGCGCGGCCGGAGCGUCCCCGCAGCCCCGCGCGGGGCCCUCGGCGGACGCGGGGCCCGGGAAGUCGCAUCUCAACGAGGAAGGGGCGCGGGAGGAAGCGGAGAACCGGGCGGAGGAGGAGGGGGGCGGUGCCCGGCUCUGA